AUGGUUUUUAUUGGAAAAGACUGGAGAGCUCCAGGUGAUGCUUGGGUUAGAUUGCCACAUACAAAUAACUGGGAACUUAUAAGACUUCGCCCCAUACAAUUAUUAAAUAGUGACAAUAAUACUAUUAUUAUGUCUGGAUCUUCGGAUCGUUUAUAUCAAUUAUCAACUUCUAGUUCAUCUUUAGAAUCAUCUGAUGAAUCUUCAACUAUGUCAACACCACCACCACCUACUGUUCCCAUUGUGAUCUCUAAUGAUGAUACAACAUCAUGUAAUGUUGGGUCAUAUUCUUCUACUAUUUCUGAGUUAAAUGAACCAUGGAUUCCACAUUGUUUUGUUAAAGGAAAUUCAAAAGAGUUUGUUGGUUGUACAAGCAUGAGUGAAGCAUUUCAUCGUCUUGAUCUUGCCAGAGCUGUUGUCGAUGUACGUCGUUUCAAUUAUGUAUGUAAGGUUGUACAAAUUUUGGUUAAUGAAAAAUUAAAAGAUUUAAGUGCCACAUCUAGAAAACAUCUUUUAUCAAUUAUUCAAGCUAUUGUUACUUAUUGUAUUGAAAGUGAUUGCCAUGUCUCAACUGCACGUGAUUUAGUCACUCGUUUUGGAGAUUGUCUAGAAGAGCCCCGUCAUAUUAUCGGAAGUACACAGUUAAUUUCUGAUCAAAUAAAUAAGAUAGAAUGUUUGAUGGAUAUUUUAACAGAUCAACAGCCAAUGACACUUGCUGAAAGUAAUGAAGAUUCAUUAACAUUUUUAGAUCUACCUAAGGAGAUUAUUUCUGUUAUUUUACGUAAAUUACCUGAUCACAUAUCUUUAAUUGAAUCAUCAAAAGCACAUGAAGUAUUUCAGGAUAUAGUUGAUGGUUCUGAAAGAUUAUGGUCAAAUUUAUGUUCUUUUCAUUUUACACAUGAACAAAUAAAACAACAUAAAAAAAAUCCUGAUAUGCCUUAUCGCAAGCUAUUUUACGAGUUGAAGAAGUUUUACGGAUUGAAAGAACAUUAUGCAGACAUUAUUCACAUUUGUUGUCAUUGUAAGGCACUUUUUUGGAAAGAUCAUGGUCAUCCAUGUCUUUCAGAAGAUGCUCCAUCUGUUAGGGUACCACCAAGACAGUUUGUUGACAUGCUUCUUUUUCUUUGA